CACAUCUCCCACUCUUAAGGAUGCAGCGACGAAGUGUGCAACAUGCGAAGACUCGUACAAGAGGGCAGUUGACGAUAACACUUUCGAGAUAAGGGAACUUGACCUGCCUGACGGGAUGUGCACCAACGAUACGGCUUACCUGAUCUCAACACCUGACCGCUGCUGCUCGAACUCCUGCCAGUGCAAGUACGUCCACGGGAGCGAGUGCCGUCACAAUUAUCUCUACGACAACAACUUGAUUCGCUGUGACUAUUUCCUCCCCGAUUCCUGUCCCAACCAGCACUGCUGUGGCUGCUGCCUGAACUGCAACGUUAGAAUAUGUUCCGAUUGUUUACGAAAAGAAGGGGCCACGUGCAGGAGGACAUGCCAGUGGAACGAGUACCCGAUCUCAGUACAGUGUCACAGUCCAUAUUGUCAGUGCUGCAGAAAGUGUGAAAUGGAAUCGUCUUGCCAAGCGUCCGGGGGCCGCUGCGUGGGUCACCCUUCUUUCUGCAGAAGUGGAUAUUAUCUGUCGAAAAGGGGCUGUAAUGGGGAUUGCUACUGCUGUUACCCUCCGGUUCAACAUACAGGAUACAUUGACAAAACAGCUUAAUGGAUCACCAGAUUGAAUGAAUAGUUAUUUGCAUUAGGACACAAACUAAAUUGUUCAGUAAUAAUAUGAAUGAAGAAUUAGAUUAAUAAAUCAAUGCAUAAUAUACUGAGAGGAGAAAGAAAGGAAAAGAAAAUUUUACCUUAUGUAAUUUAUCCCAUUUUCCAAAUUUCCUAAUUUUUAUGACUGUAAAGCAGCACACUCGAAUGAAAUAACCUUUGUAAAGACGAAAACAUGUAUUUCAUAAGUAUGUGAUGAAUUCAAAGAAGCAAUUUUCUUAGCAUAGUUUGUCAAUUCGGAAUACCCUAGUUUUCUAUGAAUAAUAUUGGAGAUAUAGAAAACUGUAUCAGAUUGGAGGAUAACUAAAAUAAAUGUUUGUUGAUUGGCAA